CGGCAGGGGCCCGAGGGGGCGGGCGGCCGAGCAGCCCGCUCCGCUGCCGCCUUCGAGCCGCCGGCCCCCCGCCGCAGUGUGUCUCGUGGACGGCCGUCCUCCCGGAGAGCCCAGGAGCAGCCCCGCGCAGCGCCCGGCAGCCUUGGACGCGAUGUUCCGCCGGACCUUCAGCCGUUUUUGUGCUGGAGAAGAAAAACGAGUUGGUACACGCACAGUGUUUGUUGGAAAUCAUCCAGUUUCAGAGACAGAAGCUUACAUUGCACAAAGAUUUUGUGAUAAUAGAAUAGUUUCAUCUAAGUAUACACUUUGGAAUUUCCUCCCAAAGAAUCUAUUUGAACAGUUUAGAAGAAUUGCAAAUUUUUAUUUUCUCAUCAUUUUCCUUGUACAGGUCACAGUAGACACCCCAACUAGCCCAGUUACCAGUGGACUUCCACUUUUCUUUGUCAUAACUGUUACAGCCAUUAAACAGGGAUAUGAAGAUUGGUUGAGACACAGAGCUGAUAAUGAAGUCAACAAAAGCACUGUUUACAUUAUUGAAAAUGCAAAGCGAGUGAGAAAAGAAAGUGAAAAAAUUAAGGUUGGUGAUGUAGUAGAAGUACAGGCAGAUGAAACUUUUCCCUGUGAUCUUAUUCUUUUAUCAUCCUGCACCACUGAUGGAACCUGUUAUGUCACAACAGCCAGUCUUGAUGGAGAAUCCAAUUGCAAGACACAUUAUGCAGUACGGGAUACCAUUGCACUGUGUACAGCUGAAUCCAUUGAUACUCUCCGAGCAGCAAUUGAAUGUGAACAGCCUCAACCUGACCUCUACAAGUUUGUUGGACGAAUCAAUAUCUAUAGUGAUAGUGCUGAGGCUGUUGCCAGGUCUUUGGGUCCUGAAAAUCUGUUGCUGAAAGGAGCCACACUAAAAAAUACCAAGAAGAUAUAUGGAGUUGCUGUUUACACUGGGAUGGAAACCAAAAUGGCUUUGAACUACCAAGGGAAAUCUCAAAAACGGUCUGCUGUUGAAAAAUCGAUUAAUGCCUUCCUGAUUGUGUAUUUAUUUAUCUUACUAACCAAAGCUGCGGUAUGUACUACUCUAAAGUAUGUUUGGCAAAGUACUCCAUACAAUGAUGAACCAUGGUAUAACCAAAAGACUCAGAAAGAGAGAGAGACUUUCAAGGUUUUGAAAAUGUUCACCGAUUUCCUGUCAUUUAUGGUUCUAUUCAACUUUAUCAUUCCUGUCUCUAUGUAUGUCACAGUAGAAAUGCAGAAAUUCUUGGGCUCCUUCUUCAUCUCAUGGGAUAAGGACUUUUAUGAUGAAGAAAUUAAUGAGGGAGCCCUGGUUAACACAUCAGACCUUAAUGAAGAACUUGGUCAGGUAGAUUAUAUAUUUACAGAUAAAACUGGAACACUCACUGAAAACACCAUGGAAUUCAUUGAGUGCUGCAUAGAUGGACACAAAUAUAGAGGUGGAACUCAGGAAGUUGAUGGAUUGUCUCAAACUGAUGGACCUUUAACAUAUUUUGACAAAGCAGAUAAGAGUCGAGAAGAGCUAUUUUUGCGUGCCUUGUGUUUAUGUCAUACUGUAGAAAUUAAAGCCAGUGAUGCUGUAGAUGGAGCUACAGAAUCAGCAGAAUUAACCUAUAUCUCCUCUUCUCCAGAUGAAAUAGCAUUAGUGAAAGGAGCUAAAAAAUACGGGUUCACAUUUUUAGGAAAUCGGAAUGGACAUAUGAGAAUAGAGAACCAAAGAAAAGAAAUAGAAGAGUAUGAACUUCUCCACACCUUAAAUUUUGAUGCUGUUCGCAGACGAAUGAGUGUAAUUGUGAAGACUCAAAGAGGAGACAUACUUCUUUUUUGUAAAGGAGCAGAUUCAGCAGUUUUUCCCAGGGUACAAAAUCAUGAAAUUGAGUUAACUAAAGCUCAUGUCGAACGUAAUGCAAUGGAUGGAUAUCGGACACUCUGUGUAGCCUUCAAAGAAAUUGCUCCAGAUGAUUAUGAAAGAAUUAACAGACAGCUUCUAGAGGCAAAAAUGGCCUUGCAAGACAGAGAAGAAAAAAUGGAAAAAGUUUUUGAUGAUAUUGAGACAAACAUGAAUUUAAUUGGAGCUACUGCAGUGGAAGACAAGCUACAAGAUCAAGCUGCCGAGACUAUUGAAGCUCUGCAUGCAGCAGGCCUAAAAGUCUGGGUGCUCACUGGAGACAAGAUGGAAACAGCCAAAUCCACAUGCUAUGCCUGUCGUCUUUUUCAAACCAGUACUGAGCUCUUGGAACUGACUACAAAAACCAUUGAAGAAAGUGAAAGGAAGGAAGAUCGAUUACAUGAAUUAUUGAUAGAAUAUCGUAAGAAGUUGCUACAUGAAUUUCCUAAGAAUACUAGGAGCCUUAAAAAAGCAUGGACAGAACAUCAGGAAUAUGGAUUAAUUAUCGAUGGUUCCACAUUGUCACUCAUCCUAAACUCCAGUCAAGAUUCUGGUUCAAACAAUUACAAAAGCAUUUUUCUACAAAUUUGUAUGAAAUGUACUGCAGUACUCUGUUGCCGGAUGGCACCAUUACAAAAAGCCCAGAUUGUCAGAAUGGUGAAGAAUUUAAAAGGCAGCCCCAUAACUCUGUCAAUAGGUGAUGGUGCCAAUGAUGUUAGUAUGAUCUUGGAGUCCCAUGUGGGAAUAGGUAUUAAAGGUAAAGAAGGUCGCCAAGCAGCCAGAAAUAGUGAUUAUUCUGUUCCAAAGUUUAAACAUUUAAAGAAACUGCUGUUGGCUCAUGGGCAUUUGUAUUAUGUGAGAAUAGCACACCUUGUACAGUAUUUCUUCUAUAAGAACCUUUGUUUCAUCUUGCCACAAUUUUUAUACCAGUUCUUCUGUGGAUUCUCACAACAGCCCCUGUAUGAUGCUGCUUACCUUACAAUGUACAAUAUCUGCUUCACUUCUCUGCCCAUUCUGGCUUACAGUCUACUGGAACAACACAUCAACAUUGAUACUCUGACCUCAGACCCCCGGUUGUACAUGAAAAUUACUGGUAAUGCCAUGCUACAAUUGGGACCCUUCUUAUAUUGGACAUUUCUGGCUGCCUUUGAAGGAACAGUAUUCUUCUUUGGAACUUACUUUCUUUUUCAAACUGCGUCCCUGGAAGAAAAUGGAAAGGUGUAUGGAAACUGGACUUUUGGAACCAUUGUUUUUACAGUCUUAGUGUUCACUGUAACCCUGAAGCUUGCCUUGGAUACUCGAUUCUGGACAUGGAUAAAUCACUUUGUGAUCUGGGGUUCUUUAGCCUUUUAUGUAUUUUUCUCAUUCUUCUGGGGAGGAAUUAUUUGGCCUUUUCUCAAACAACAAAGAAUGUAUUUCGUAUUUGCCCAAAUGCUGUCUUCCGUAACCACGUGGUUGGCCAUAAUUCUUCUAAUAUUUAUCAGCCUUUUCCCUGAGAUUCUCCUGAUAGUAUUAAAGAAUGUAAAAAGAAGAAGUGCUAGGAGAAAUCUGAGCUGUAGAAGGGCAUCUGACUCAUUAUCCACCAGACCUUCAGUCAGACCUCUUCUUUUACGAACAUUCUCAGACGAAUCUAAUAUAUUGUAACAGAAUCCGAAUCUUGAGCUGCCUAUGUUAUUGUCCUACAAGCAUAUUGACAGUGGUUACAGCU